AAACCUGUAAGAGCGUCACCGGGCGAUGUGACGUACAAAGUACAAAAAUCAGUAAAAUACAUAUAUUUUUUGGUUAACUCUGCUUGGGGAUGUACCCACUAUCUAACACGCUUCGAAGUUAAGCCUCCUGGGAUAUAAAACCCCACAUUUCUGGAAUAUCAACACAAGGAAUACUCUGCCAGCUCUCCGGAGUUUUCCUACAAUCUGCCACCGUGGUCCACUACAUUUCAGGGGUUGAAAAGUUUCAAAAAUAACUUGACUAAAAGAGGACUGAACCACAUCACCUUCUCCUCUUACAUCCUGGAAAUAACAUCUUCCCCCCCAAUACAAGAAAAAACGAGUGAAAAGAAGUCUGCGCAGGAAAUUAGGAUCAGUGUCUCCCUCUGUGCAGACUCCAGUGGAUUUAUAUGAAUUUGAGUGUGGAGAGUCUCACCUGAGGCAGGUCUUCAUGCGUCCGGCACACAGCAUGAGGUUCUGAGGAGGAUUUCAAAUAAAGUUGGUUAAAGGAGGAGGAGGAGGAGGAGGAGGAGGAUGGGGAAGGAGCAAGACCUGCUGCAGGCGGUGAAGAGUGGAGACCUGCUGUCCACCCAGAAGCUGCUGUCCAAGCUCAAAGCCAACAGGAACAAGUUGCUGGGCUCCACCAAGAGACUGAAUGUGAACUACCAGGACUCAGACGGGUUUUCGGCCCUGCACCACGCCGCCCUCACAGGAACCACAGAGCUGCUGGCGGCCCUGCUGGAGGCCCAGGCCUCCGUGGACGUCAAAGACAGUAACGGGAUGCGUCCGCUGCACUAUGCAGCCUGGCAGGGGAAGGCGGACUCGGUCCUGAUGCUGCUGCGCGCCGCCGCCUCGGUGAACGGCGUCUCUCUGGACGGACACAUCCCGCUUCACCUCGCCGCACAGUACGGACACUACCAAGUGUCUGAGAUGUUGCUGCAGCAUCAGUCUAACCCCUGUCUGGUCAACAAAGCCAAGAAGACUCCUCUGGACCUCGCCUGUGAGUUUGGAAGAGUCCAGGUGGCCCAGCUGCUGCUGAGCAGUAACAUGGUGGUGGCGCUGUUGGAAGGAGAGAGGAAAGAGCCCACAGACUCCGCGUUCACCACGCCGCUACACCUCGCCGCCCGCAACGGCCACAAAGAUAUCAUACGUUUGCUGCUGAAUGCCGGCAUUGACAUCAACAAGACCACCAAGUCUGGAACGGCUCUUCAUGAAGCGUCUCUGUACGGGAAGACGGAGGUGGUGCGCCUGCUGCUGGACGCUGGAGUAGAUGUGAACAUCAGAAACACGUACAACCAGACGGCGCUGGACAUCGUCAACCAGUUCACCACGUCGCACGCCAGCAGGGACAUCAAGCAGCUGCUGCGAGAUGCGACGGGCGUCCUGCAGGUCAGAGCACUGAAGGACUUCUGGAACCUCCACGACCCGACGGCACUCAACAUCCGCGCCGGUGAUGUCAUCACGGCACCAGAGGCCCGUAUUGACCCGUCUCGUCCCCUGCAGGUGUUGGAGCAGCACGUGGACGGGCGCUGGAAGGGACACAUCCACGACACCCAGAGAGGGACGGAUCGCGUUGGCUUCUUCCCCCCCUCCAUCGUGGAGGUCAUCAGCAGGAGAAACGGGGGCACCCUCUCCCGGCACGCCUCUCUGCCCGCCACGCGCCAGCAGCAGCUCUCCAGAGCCCCCCUCUCCUCCAGCCUCAGCUCCGCCCCUCAGACCGACGACUCCUACACCCUGUACGCACCCCCCACCCACGUGGUGCUGCCGCUAGCCAACGGCCUCACUACCAACACAGGUUUGUCUCCGGGCCGCCUUUCUCAGUCUGGGUGUUAUUUCGAGGACAUCUGGGUCCUCAGAGACUCGUGUCAUGCUGGAGACAGGAACAGCGUCGGGAGUACCGGCAGCGUCGGCAGCACCCGGAGUGCCGGCAGUGGACAGAGCACGGAGAGCACCAACGCACCCAACGGACUCCAGCACAACGCCGUUCAUCACGACAUCACUAACAAGUCGGCGCCCCCUGCUGUGGACUCUGGACUCUCAGACUGCAGCAAACAGUCAGAUCAGCCUGCAGGUGGGACUCCUCGCAGGCAGACGGUGACAGUGCAGAGACCGGCGGAGCAGGGCUUCACGCAGCAGUUCAUCCGCCCUCAGCAGCUGCUGGAGGGGAAGGAUGCAGAGGCCAUCUAUCAGUGGCUGAGUGACUUCCAGCUGGAGCAGUACAUCGGGAACUUCAUCAAUAAUGGUUAUGAUGUUCCCACCAUCAGCAGAAUGACUCCGGAGGAUCUGACUGCCAUUGGAGUGACGAAACCCGGGCACCGCAAGAAAAUCUCCAUCGAGAUCAACAACCUGAACAUCCCAGAGUGGCUGCCGGAGUACAUCCCAUCGGAUCUGGGCGAGUGGCUCAGUGCCAUCGGCCUCCCUCAGUACCACAGGAAGCUCUCUGAAAACGGCUACGACUCCAUCAGCAUCGUCAAGGACCUCACAUGGGAGGAUCUGCAGGAGAUCGGUAUUACUAAACUGGGCCACCAGAAAAAGCUGAUGCUGGCGGUGAAGAAGCUGUGUGACAUCAACAGGGCCAUCCUCAUGGCUGAAUCAGGCCAAGGCACGCUGCGCCGUAAAGCCCCCGGAGCCCUCCACCUAGUUGCAAUCGAGCCACCCGACUGUGCGGGGGACUCUCCUCGCACCCCCAAGAUGCUUACCUUCCAGGACAGCGAGCUGAGCGCCGAGCUGCAGACCGCCAUGUCCAGCCACUACGGAGGCUGCGAGGAAGGCUUGGCCAUCAAGAACGCAGUCGGGAUGUCCCAGAGCCAGGAAAGCUUUGAUUCCCGGUCCAGAGGCUCCGGGCGCUCCCAGGACCCUCCCACGGCCUCAAUCAACCCCCACAGCUGGUCGCAGGAGAGCCUGGAUGGCAGCCCCGCCAAGGAGAGGAACCUCCCUGAGGGCUGGGACCAGAGGCCCAUGCAGCAGCAGACGCUGCCCAAGCAGGUUCCCCUGGGCACUGCGACCGUGUUCAAGUACCCGGCAAUUCCAGCCAAGCCUAAACUGCCUGGGUCCCCCCGGGGUCCCUCCCCUCACGGCUCCCCGGCGCUGAAGGGUUUCAGCUACCUGCAUUCUCAUUGUGGCUCCACAGACUUGACCUCAAGACCGGAAAACUACAGCAUGACAUUAACGCCCCCUAAAAAGCGCGCCCAAACCCGCUACGCUCUGUCGGAUGGAGAGCCAGAUGAGGACGAGUACGAGCCGUCGAGUCGUUGUAGAAACCUGUCAUCCUACGCCACCUUGACCCGCAAACCAGGUCGCAGCCAGUUGGCUCGAUUACAGUCGAGUCCAGAGAAGAAUGGCAACGUGGGACGCAGUCAGUCCUUUGCGGUGCGCGCCCGUAAAAAAGGUCCCCCUCCUCCGCCUCCGAAGAGACUGAGCUCAGUGAGCAGCACCACCAGCGGCGAGCUCAGCGACAGCAGCACGACGUCGUCUGUUGGGGGGGUAACGGACAGCCCAGUGAGCGUAAGGAGCAUCGCUGCCUCUCUGGAGGGCAGGACAGAGGUGAACACCCCCAGCUCGGAGGAGGCUUCCCCUUCACACAACUCUGCAGGGCAGGAGGCUGCGGGGGUGAGGAGGAGGGUGCAGAGUGAGUGUAUUCCAUCCCAGACCCACAGCGUCACGGUGCCGGAUCGAGGGGUGAAGUCCGAUACAGAGGAGGAAGACUGCAAAGGUUGCAGACUGGAAGGCUCCUCCUCCCCUCAGAACAGCUCCAGUGAGUGCAUCCCCUUCGCAGAGGAGGGUAACUUGACUAUCAAACAGAGGCCUAAAGCCCCCGCUCCCCCCCGAGCUGAGGCGGUGCUGGAGCCCCCAGAGACACAAGAAGCCAAGAACUCAGAGCUGCCAGAGUUUAAUCUGAAGGAGUCGGACACGGUAAAGCGUCGACACAAACCAAAAGACAAGGAUCAGGGAGAAGGCUCCCCAAGCAGAGAAAGACUGGAUUCAGAGUCCCGCAGCAGCAGGCCUCCCUCCCAGUGCCAGGAGCAGGUCAGCCUGAGGAUUAGUGAGGCCCGUCUGGAGAGGCCUGCCAGUCCGUCAACAGGAUCCUCCAUCAGACCGCCACCCUCCCCCAAACCUGCCGUCGCCCCAAAGCCGAUCCGCCACAGUCUGCUGGCCGCACAAGCAGCGGGACUCUCCUCUCAAUCUGUGACCGUCAGUGUGGUUCAGAGUGUGGCCUUCACCUCUCCGUCCUCCCCCUCUCACGGGUCCCUGGCUCAGUCUUCCCCGGCCGGUCUGGCCCCUCAGAGCCCCUCUCUGGCAGCAGCGAGGCCUCAGGUGUGUGCGGUGGGUCCAGGUCUGGUCUGUGACUCAUCAUGUGGGACUGAGGUGGUUCAGCAGAGACUGGAUCAGACCAGCACAUCGCUGGCAGCAGCUCUGAAGGCCGUGGAGAGAAAACUGAACCUGGAAGAAAACUCAGAAGGGGGAUCCAACCCAGUGAAGUCCGCGGGGACGAUUCUGGACGACAUCGGCAACAUGUUCGACGACCUGGCCGACCAGCUUGACGCCAUGUUGGACUAAAGACUUUCCAUCAGAACCCUCAACCUCAGGAAGUGAAAGAGUGGGGGAAGAAAGAACGUUUUACUCUGAACUACAUGCAGAACUCAGUCCGAGGAGAACACCAGCACCUAAUCUCUGCUGUGCGUCUUUUAACUACGUCCUCCGCUGUUUCUCACACAAUCUGGAUUCAAGAUUCUUGUUAUCGCUCGUGUCCUUGUGUUUUUUAACAGAAACUUUAACCAAACAAAAGUUGGACCAGCGGUACUUUUUCAAAAAGUCCGCCGCAAAUUAUUACGAUUAUUGUUAAACUAAUGUUGUUACUCAAAUAUUUAUCGUUAUGACAUAACAGAGAAGUCAAGUCCCUGUUUAGACUUUAUUUAAAAAAAAUAACAUGUGUAAAGAAGUGUGCAAAACAGAAAGAAAAAGGUUUAUUAUUAUUAUGAUAAUGGCACAUUAACUUAAAUGCACUGCCGGCCAAAAAAAAGGUCACAAGCCUGUGGGAGCAGUGCUAUGAUCUGGGGUUGCUGCAGUUGGUCUGGUCUAGGUUCAGCAAUGUGCCCAAAGAAUGAGGUCAGCUGACUACCUGAAUAUACUGAAGGACCAGGUUAUUCCAUCAAUGGAUUUUUUCUGCCCUGAUGGCACGGGCAUGUUCCAAGAUGACAAUGCCAGGAUCCAUCGGGCUCAAACUGUGAAAGAGUGGUUCAGGGAGCAUGAGACAUCAUUUCACACAUGGAUUGGCCCCCACAGAGUCCAGACCUGAACCCGAUUGACAAUCUUUGGGAUGUGCUGGAGAAGACUUUGCACAGUGGUCCGAAUCUCCCGUCAUCAAUACAAGAUCUUGGCAAAAAAUGAAUGCAAGACAGAAAUAAAUGUUGUGACAUUGCAGAAGCUUGUGGAAACGAUGCCACAGCGAAUGUGUUCCAUAAUCAAAGCUAAAGGCAGUCCAACGAAUAUUAGAGAGUGACCUUUUCUUUGGCCAGGCAGUGUAUAAAUAAAAUAGGGAAAAUAACAGAAAAUAAUAAUAAUAAACCUUAACAAGGAUGACAAAGUGUGACAUUAAAAUAAAGUAAAUAAAUAAGUACACAAAUAAGGAAGAGGAUUAGGGCCAUCUGUCUUUUUUUCGUAAAAUCUCAGAAUUCAGUUUUUUGUUGUUGUUUAAACUCAUAAUUCAGGUUUUUCACAGAAAAUACAAAAUAACUUCUGGUCAAAUCUAAAUAAAAAAGUUCACAUGUGGUCCGAUUCCUCUUCCGUACACAAUUACUUAAAAAGAAUAGAAGAAUAUUAAUUAUAGAAACACAUACUUUCUGACUCGUGAAUCGUUGGCUCCUCUAUCCAACAUGUCUGACCAUUUCAAAUUGUACCCUUUUGUAGUAUUUAAAAAAACAAAACAUUUAUUUUAUACCAAGUGAUCUUAACCGUGUUCGUUCGUCUUCAGUUUGUUUGUGUCGUUCAAACUGAAACCUGUAUAAGUGCUUGACCAUGUUCAUACAAAGGGAAGAGCAUGUUCAGUGAUAUACAAACUAUUUUUUGAUAUUCAUUAUAGCCAAAUUAGUAUUUAAAUUAGAGUUAUCUAAAUAUGUAUAUUGUACACUAGAGUUAUAUACAGGAGCAGAUAUUCAACCAAAGUCUUUGUACAUACUUUCCUCAAAUAUUUUCACAAAAAAACACAAUACAGAAUCCUGUUUGAGAUGUUUAUGAAACGUUAUUUUCAUGCUGCAGCCCGCAGUAAGGAUCUUCAGCUCUAUCUGAACAUGAUUUAUUUGUGGAAAAUGACAGUUAACCCUGGGGCGAUCAUGUGGAUGAAUGUGUGUGAAUGCGUUGCUUUGUGUGUGUUUUUAUCUCUCGAGGCUCAGGAACAUCCAGCGAUGGAAAAAAACUACAAUAAAUAAAAUAAAGAAAAAAAUGAAUUAAGAACAUUAAAUGAGACAUUUCUAAAGUUAUGUUUGCAGAGUCUCUGCAGCCUCCACAUUCCUAAAAUGUGAAUUUAUUGUUUAUAACAAACCAGAAAAACUUUCUGCUGGUGUUGAUCUGUGGACGGUUGGAUGGAGCAACUUAAGGUUUAAGACGGGAUAAAGAGGAAUUCUGCAAAUGUACUUAAUGUUUUUAGAAUUUCUUAGCAUUGUUCUCAAUCGUUAAAAUCGUUUAGUCUUUAAAAUUUUUUGGGGACAAAAUAUACAUUUCCAAGGUUAAAUCGGCAAAUGUAAUAAUUCCACAUUUCUUUUAUUAAAAUUGUCAAUUUAAUACUCCAAGAUUAGCUGAGGAAAAGGAAUACCUACAGUGAUUUAUUAUUUAUUUGAAAAAAGGCUUUUUUUCAACCUGCCACAGCUCUACAGUAGCUUAAAUAUCAGACUGCAUAUUAUUGGAGGAGUGUGUGUGUGUGUGUCAGUGUGUGUCAGUGUGUGUGUGUGUUUUAUUAUUUUGAUAUUCUCUGUCCUCCCUGGUCGUAUUACUUGUUUAACCAUUAAAUAUCUAUGAUGUG